ACUCCCGCAAGUGGACACUAGUCCCUAAUGAAAUCCCGACGUUCUAGAAGGGUGAGCGUCGGGUAACGGUCUCGAUAUUUCAUUCUCGGCUUUUUCUGUCUGUCAAUAUUUUCUCGCAUGGUUCGGGUACAGGGUGCUGGGUCGGUCGUUCCUGAGAGGUGUUGUUCUCUCCAUGGUUCGGGUAACGGAGAGUGCGGUUCCUGGUCAAGCUUUUUCCACCUGUCACCCAUCCAUCCAUUGGCUGUGUCAUUCGUUCACAUUAACUCCGGGAUUGACAGCUUUCUAGAACUCUCUGUGGUUUGCUCGCUAUCUUGCUCGCUGUAUUUUGUCUGUCUUUGGGAGAUGGGAAAGUUCUUGUUACCGGAUACCGCACCCUGCCACCUGGAUGUACCUGCUCGGGCCUGGCUGGGUCCAUGGGAUUUGGCUUUCCCUUCGACGGCCGGCGGGCGAGGGCGGGCGAGCCUUCAGGGUGCUUGCUUGCUUGUUUGCUUGGGAUGCAUGGCCAUUUCGGUAGUCGUCGACUGGGGGGUGGGUUAUGGACACCCAACUGGCCUUGAGUUUUUACCGAUAUUGACGGAUUAUUUAGCUUGUAUAAGCUAGCCUGUGUCAAUGGCGAGGGGAAUGGUGAAGGAUGGGGACAAAGCUAGUACUACCUAGUCUCUUAGUCCUAGUUCUUCUUGGGCCUUGAAAGGAGGGGGGAGAAAGGAGAGGG